GUCCUUGAUGAAGACAAACGUCUGGCCAAGCGUCGCUUGAUUGAAGCUAAUCGCGCGAAAAAACGUGCCGAAUCGGAAGGCAUUACACAUACAUCCAAUCAAUCUGCCCUGCCUGUUCCGCUUGCGCCAAAUCCACCUUGUCUGCAAAGGCAUAUAACCUCAGCGUCACUACCAGUUGGUCAUUCAGCUCCAAUCGCACUGGUAACUGCCGCUCACCAACCAUUACCGUCCGCUCAGUCUGGUGUUCUCAACUUGGCCAGUCUGCCACCACAACUUUCACCCAUGACUUCUCUGGUGGCACCCCAAGCCAAUGGUUCGACCAUGUUCUGGCGAUCCUUUGUACCUUCAAGAUCAUCUGGACUCCCUUAUUUGACCACCACUUCGAAUGUGAUAAACACCCAAGGACUUUCUUACCCACCUGUUUUGCAGCCAUCUGCGCCAUCCUUCUACAAUCCAGAAUCUCCAUGUGACCCCAUGGGGAAUACCCUGACGAUCCCGGUACCAACAACAUCGGAAGUCAAACGUGCAUGUUUGGACCCAGUCUCAAACUUGGCUUGUUCAGACGGCGACAACAGCGCCUCUCCUCCCGGUCAGAAAUCGAGUUGUAUUCCGAUUGCGCUCAAGACGCAUCAAAAUCCUUCCGUCUCCUCGGGCCCGAACGACUGUCCGUGGACGCCGGAAGAUCAACAAAUGGUUGACUCGAUUCGCAAGGCUUAUCGAGCAAUGCUGAUGCCAUCAGAAAAAACCCAAACUGAUGCAGAUGAUGUCUCGGAAAAGCCGUUCCCCGAAGGAGCUGGUUCUGAACUUUGUCGUCUGAUAGAGCCAAUCAUUGCUCGUCUGGUCACAUUUGCCAAAUUGAUUCCUGGCUUCGGUUUGUUGGGUGCCGAUGAUCAAACUAGACUUUUGAGGGGCUGCUGUCUGGAUGUGAUCACGUUGCGUGCUGCCUAUCUUCUCAGUCGGAUUGCCCGCACCAACGGACUGUUGGAUCAAUAUGCAGAAACAACAUCUUCCACGCAUUCAUCGUCUAAUUUGAUUCCAAACACUGUCUAUCCCCAGUUGGGUGUAUCGGACGCCAAAUGUGCUCAAAUGAUUCGCGCAGUUGCUUUCAAGCUGGCCCGAUUGGGUAUUGACCAGACAGAGGUUGCUCUUAUGGCGGCCAUACUUCUUAUGUCUCCAGAUCGAUGCGGACUUGUCGAUAGCAACACUGUGGAACAUACGCAAGAUAUCCUUCUUGAAACUUUCAAUCGCUACGUGAAUUGGAGCCGCAAGUUGGCCACUCGAAGUCCAGCUACGCGUACCACGGCAACUUCGCUCCAAUAUUGGCCUCGCAUCUUCAUGGCACUUACAGAGCUUCGUUCCAUCACUCUGUGUAACCAAGGUUUGUUCGUUGAGAAAUCAUUCACUGCCAAUAUCGACGAGUUACCCUGGUACUUUCAUGACUUGUUCCGUGGGUGCCAGUCGGAAAGAGAAGUUGAGGAAAUCAGGUCCAGUGACGCGAUCGAACUAUCCUCGUCCGUCGGUCACCACAGCCCUCAUCAACUAGCGCCG